CGUGUGUGCGAGCGUGUGUGUGUGUGUGUGUGUGUGUGUGUGAUAGAUGUCAUCUGGGUCUGUUUAGACUAGUCACUAGAAGAACAUGUGUUGUUUGGAUCUGAUGAAUUAUUGAUGCUCUUCUGUAUUCUCCCUAUAUCUGUGUGUGUGUGAUCAUGAGAUGAAUGUAGUUUUGCAUGUGCCGCGCAGCUGUGAGUGUGUGGGUUUGCUCGGUGUGUGUGUGUGAUUGUGUGUUGUCUCCAGUGACGGAUCAUUAUGUGGGUGUAAUUGUGGCCUGGAGGAGAGGAGGAGCUGCUGGUGCUCAUGAUGACCUGCAGCUCGACUCGAUCAUCAGUCAUGGAGAGUUUCUUCAGAGGUCUGACCGCCACUGCCUUCCUCAACACCUGGACUCAGUUCGACCGCGACGAUGAUGGGUUCAUCGACGCCAAGAACCUGGGGGAGUUUUUACGGCACGCGAUGAAGACACCGAAGACUUUUGAUGAGAAGCAGCUCCAGAAGAUCAGAGACACGAUUCUGUCCAGCUGUGAAGUUACAGGAGGACGCCUGUCGAUGGAGCAGUUGGCCGCUGUGGUUCUCCCCGAGGAGGAGAACUUCCUCUUGCUGUUCCGCAGGGAGACGCCGCUGGAGAACAGCGUGGAGUUCAUGAGGAUCUGGCGCUGCUAUGACACCGACAGCAGUGGAUACAUCUCUGCUGCGGAGCUGAAGAGUUUCCUGCGGGAUCUUUUUCAUCAGAACAACAGAGAGAUCACUACAGCCAGACUGGAGGAGUACACCGAUAUCAUGAUGAAGAUGUUUGACAAAAACCAGGAUGGUCGUUUGGAUCUGAAUGAUUUGGCGAGGAUCCUGGCGCUGAAGGAGAACUUCCUGCUGAAGUUUGAGAUGAAGGCCGGCACUCUGGAGGAUCGGCGCAGAGACUUCGAGAAGAUCUUCGCUCACUAUGACGUGAGUAACACCAACGCUCUGGAGGGCGAAGAGGUCGAUGGCUUCGUCAAAGACAUGAUGGAGCUGGUGAAGCCCAGUCUCAGCGGCUCGGACCUGGACAAGUUUAAACUGGUUCUGCUGGGUCACUGCGACCUCAACGGAGACGGGAAGAUCCAGAAGAACGAGCUGGCGAUGUGUCUAGGGCUCAAACUCUGAGAACACUUAUUACACCUUGUGUG